UCCGUCACAUGACUCGCUGAACCGUCUCUCUAACUCCAGCGGUUUGGCGACUCACUCAGGGAACAUGGCGCGUCAGAGCGAAAUUUGCCGCGAAUGCAGGCGGUUCUCCUGGCUCCUCCGCGCCUUAUUCCUCCUGUUCUGCCUCUCCUCAUUGCCGUGCACGGCGCGCGGCCUCGGCCAUGGCGGGAGACACCGCGCUCACAGCGGCGAGAAGGAGGAGCACUGGGCUGAGGAGCGCUGGUUCACCCAGAGGCUGGACCACUUCAACGGAGCCGACGGACGGGUCUGGAAGCAGCGGUACUUCGUGAACGCGCAGUUCUACCGGAGCGGCGGUCCCGUGUUCCUCAUGGUGGGCGGGGAGGGGCCGGCCAACCCCGCGUGGAUGCAGCAGGGCACGUGGCUCGAGUACGCGCGCAAGCUGGGCGCGUUGUGCUUCCUGCUGGAGCAUCGCUUCUACGGCCAGAGCCGCCCCACGGAGGACCUAAGCACUGCCAGCCUGCGCUUCCUCAGCAGUCGCCAAGCUCUGGCUGACUUGGCUCACUUCCGCACGGUCAUCGCGACCGCUCAGGGCUUGACCAACAGCAAGUGGGUGGCGUUCGGAGGCUCGUACCCUGGAUCCCUGGCCGCCUGGUUCCGUCUGAAAUAUCCGCACCUUGUCCAUGCUUCCGUGGCAACCAGCGCACCCAUGUACGCGACUGUUAACUUCCCAGAGUACCUCGAAGUGGUGAGGCGCUCACUUGCUGCUGAAAAUCCAGAGUGCCCCCUCCUGGUCAAGGAGGCUUCCAACACCCUCUACCAGCGCCUGAAGGACCCCAAGACUUAUGACAACAUCACAGCGGAUUUCAGUCUGUGCACGAAGCUGCAGGUCCGCACAGAAAUGGACGCGGCCUAUUUCCUGGAGACGGUCGCCGGGAACUUCAUGGAUGUCGUCCAGUACAACGAGGACAACAGGGACUUUGAGGGUGUUGUUGGAACCAACAUCACCAUCAAGGUGCUCUGCGGGGUGAUGGCCGACGCCUCUCUAGGGGAUCCCUACAGCCGGUACGCCGCCGUGGCCCAGCUCAUGCUCAAGACCUUCUCCCAGAAGUGCCUGGAUGUCAACUACACCACGUACUUGAUGGAGAUGCGCAACACAUCCUGGAGCGGUCCUGCCUCGGGGGGAGGUCGACAGUGGGUGUACCAGACGUGUACGGAGUUCGGGUUCUACCAGACCACGGAUUCGCCCAACCAGCCGUUCAGCGGCUUUCCCCUGCAGUAUUUCCUGAAGCAGUGUGCAGACAUGUAUGACCCUUCGCUGAACGGAUCUGCAAUCGCGGAAGCCGUACUGCAGACCAAUGAGUACUAUGGCGGCUAUGAUAUACGCACCACGCGAAUAGUCUUCCCCAACGGUUCCAUUGACCCCUGGCAUGCCCUUGGCAUCACUCAGGACAUCAACAAAGACCUCCCUGCUGUCUUCAUUAAAGGUACUGCCCACUGUGCAAACAUGUACCCAGCACGUGAACAAGACCUUCCACAGCUGACCAUGGCACGAGACCAUGUAUACCUGCUUCUCCAGAAGUGGCUCACAGAGUAAGACACCAGGAUGAACUUGCCACCCUCAGCUGGAGGCAUAAUGGGAACCAUCUGACUUUUGCAAUCAACCAAAUGAGCUCAAUGUGGUGCCAUGACAGUGAUGCACAGGGCACUUUAGUGACCUUGACAAUGCCUUUACAGAAACAGCAGAAUGAUAAAACUUGUUGAAAUAUUUGAGGUUUUUAAUCUUCUAUGAAAUCAUGAAUACAUUUGCUUUUAAUUCACCAGUAAGCCAUAUCAGCUAUACAUUCUAUGUUUUUCAAGUCUUUCAUUUUCAAGGUCCUCAACAAAUCUGGAUGAGACUUGUAUCUUUAAGGCCUGCAAUUGCACUGAGUGAUAUAUGGGGGAGAAAAAAGUAUUAUUCUUUUA